GUGUUUACAACACAAUCAGCUGUUGGAUAAUUUUCAGAUUUUCACUCUGUCUCUGCAUUUCCUGCACUAAUUUUACGUGUAAAAGUUAUUUAAGUGUCGAAUUAAAGUAAAAUGGAACCCAAUUGGGGUGAUUUGCCCACAGAAUCGCCUGGAACGAAACGUCGCGGCCCGCGCACGAAUCAGGAGCAGCGGGAAACCUUUGUGGAUUUUGCGACAAAACACCCGGGAAUACUAGACAGCAUGCAUCCGCAGUACCACAGGCUCUGGGCGACGCUGUCGAAGGUGCUGAACGCAGCCGGAGCGCCGCAGAGAUCUCCGGAGGAGUGGUCGAUUAACUUCCGCAAUUGGCACUACAAUCUGACCAGUAAGAUGAAGACGGCGCAGGAGGAGGCCAAAUCAGGACACCCGCCCAGGGUGAAGUUGACGCGCUUCGAAGAGCGCGCUCUGCGCGUCUGGAAAGAGCUUCCGGACAUUCCAAUGAUUGCGACGAAAAGCGAGUCGCAAGAGCACAGCAUGAGCGACGAUGACACAACUCUUCCUCCACCCCAUCCAGAGGGUGAACAGCGAGAUUCUCUGGCCGAUCAGGAUCCUCUGCUGACCACAACUCUCGGGUUUUCCACAAAAUCAUCUCCGCGAUCUGUUUCCCCGCAAGUUAACAAUGAUGCCGAGGAUUUGGAUUGUUCCAAGGAUUGCUCGGAUUAUUUUGACAGCGUGUUGAAGAAUCAACCACAUAAUUCACGCACAUUCACCAAUAUUCCACCGCAGCCUUACACGCAAAGGGAAAUGCAAUUCUUUCAUUUGCUGAACUCAAUGCGACAGGAGAGAGAUUUCUUCAAGAAUGAAUUCCUAUUGAUGAGGGGAAUGAUGCAGGAUGCAAUGAAAUUGCUCAAGGAGAAGGAUGAGAAGAAGCUGAAGUAUUCCAAGUAUUCUAAAUAAAUGAAUUUUUGAAUGUGGCGCGCAACAACGCCAGAUUCAACACACGCGAACUCUAGCAGAAUUACUUUCAACUACACUUGUAAAUAUUUUUGAUAAGUGACAUUGCCGGUGCGAUUCGCAAUUUGGUGUUUAGCGCGAUCCUUCAGUAUUUUCAGCGUGAUUUAUCAAAGAAAUCAUGUCCAGCGACUCAGAAGGUGAGUGUAAUUAAUUGAAGAGUUCGUCAGUGCAAUUCCAAUGGUGAUUUUCUUUUUAUUAAGAAGCAGAUGAGAGUCAGCGAAGUCAACCCAAUACAAAGAAACACCACACUCAAGAGCAAUUUGAUGUUCUCAUUAGUACGAUUGGAAAGAACCCGAUUGACUUCAAUAUCGGCCGAGGAUCACGAAUGGGUCCAAUCUUGACUGCGAAGAACGCCAAGGCGUGGCAAGAACUCACCGAUGCUCUCAAUGCAGUGCCAAAUGGCGCCAAGAAGACAGAAACUCAGUGGAGAACUUCUUGGCACAGCAUGAGAGGCCGCGCUUGGAGACAUCAGCGAGAUUGCGAAAAACUGGGAGUUCCUGUUAAUAAGGGAUCGAUUCACUACAGAAUCCUCAAUGUGAUCUCAAAGAAACCAAAGAGAACGACAAGGACGACGAGUGACUGUUCUGCAGACGUGACAAAUUCAGCAAUUUCACAGCCAAUCAGCAGCGCUCCAGAUCAGGAUCCUCUGCUGACCACAACGCUGCAAGACAGCCUGAAGAGAUCUCCCUGUUCCCUCGACUGCUCUAGGCAUUCUUCCCCUGUGCGAGAAGACGCCCUUCCUCGCCCAGAAGAGGCAGACAAAUUUGAUCAUCCGCCUUCAGAACCGUACACUCUCCGGGAAAUGCAAUUUUACUACUUACUGAAGUCCGCGAGAGAAGAUGUCCGGAGAUUGACGGAGGAGAGAAACUUCUUCAAGACUGAAUUUGUGUUGAUGAGAGAAAUGAUGCAAGAAACUGUUAAGUUUUUGAACAAGAAUUAAAUUAUCGGUGAAAAUGGGUUGAAAAUAGAGAUCGUUUGUGUGAUUUGAGCAUUUAGGAUUUGAUAUUUAAAAUUAAGGGGCAAAUAACAAUAAAGAUA